UUUACAAGCAAGGAUUGCUCUUAAAAAAACACAGGAAGAAAAUAAGAGAAGCACUUCCUCUCGUUUUGUCUUCCAAAAUGUCCAUGGCAGACUCCUCCAAACCACCCUCCAAACGCCUUCUUUUCGAUCGUCGUUACGGUUGGGUAAUUGAUGAAUGGAAAGACCCAUCAGAAGAAGCUCUAGCCGGAGGCCGAGGAAUGUUUUGCAUACUGCCUCUAACAAAAGCUUUGACGAAGACGGUUUCUCAGUCGAUUAGUCUUGCAGCGAGCUCUGCAGUGAAAGCUAUGGAAAGGACUGAACUGGUAUUGCCUCAGGUAGUGCAAGAUGGUCUGAAUAAUGGGCUUCACAAGUUCAUGUCCUCGUUACAGAAUCCUGAAUUCAGCUGUUUCCUCCCUCAAGGGAAAUUUGCAAUCACCUGCUACCAGUCGCUCUUCUCAUCUACAUAUGGAAAGAAAAGCAGUGAAUCACAAAUGGCUUGAAAGAAAUUAGAUUUGACCAAUUUCUUUCACAUGAAUAUUUAUCCUUCAUUACUUCAGGUUUAUGUAUAUGGAUUUUUGAGGCUGUAGCAACCAAAUUUUACAGCAAACUAGAUGAACCUUGAUCGAAUGUGUAGGAUAGGUGGGAGGUGGUGACACACAACGACCAAUCCUGAAAGACCACUCUUUCGUCUAAGGAUCUAUGAUUAUAAUGAAUUAGUUAGUGUUUGGAUUGACUUAUGAAUGUUUUUACUGUCUCCUGGAUUAUAAUUGCGUUGGAGAGUUGCAUUUCUAAAUUUAAAUGUCAAAUUUCUGCUGGA